AUGCAAGAUCGUGUCGAGGGGAAUGGGCCAGCUCAGUCUCCACGCAGUUCUAUUGUCACCCCAAUGCUUCAAGAUACCUUGGCUCGUAUAUUAGGACUCCUAGAGGGGAUGGCUCAGCCAGGAGCUUUGCCUGUCACUUUUGAUGGUUCACAGACCCGUGUUGGAGGUCAGACUCCAGAUCCAAUAGUUGCUUUAGAUUCUCAGACUCCCAGGCCUCAGCCAGCUGCUGUUGUAGCUCCUCGUUUGGAUAGUAUGGAAUUUCCAGAUAUUGCAUCACAUUUGGCGAACAGACCUUCUAUGACCAUUGAUGAGCAAAAGAUGUUUGUGAGGUUCAGACUAAUGAAUCCUCCUACUUAUACUGGUGACUUAACUGAGGAUGCAUAUGAAUUUAUAGUUGUUCCACGCAGUGAGAGGGAGUGCAAGAGGACCGAGUUUGAGGGUUUGCAGCAAGGUGGUAUGUCAGUUGCAGAGUAUAAGGGUAAAUUUCAUGCCUUGGCUAGGCAUGCUUCGAUGAUACUUCCCACAGAGGCUGAGAGAGUGAGGAGGUUUGUUAAGGGGCUGAUUAUUCCGAUUCUUCUAGGAGUUUCUCAGGUUGCUGCUUCUGGUGUUCCAUUCCAGAAAGUGGUGGAUGCUGCUAAGGAGUUGGAGAUGAUUCGACGUGAGGGAUUUGAGCAGCGUGAGGGCAAGAGGACCCGUUAUUCAAGUGAUUUUGGUGGUGCUCCGCCUAAGAUCCAUACUUCACAGGGUUCAUCUUCUAGGCCUAUAGUUCGUGGAGGGCAUUAUGGUCAGUCAGGUUCCUCUCAUCAGCCUGCGUCUCGUAGGGGCUGUUUUGAGUGUGGUGAUAUGGGACACUUUGUGAGAGACUGCCCUAGGACCAGACGUGGUGGCUUGCGUCAGGGUUCUCAGGCUUCGACUUCCAGGGAUGCACAACCUCCAGCUAGGGGUGGUGCACAGAAUGGUAGAGGCGGUUCUCAUUCGGGUAGAGGUGGUUCUCUUUCUGGUCGAGGUGGUGGUCGUGGAGGUUCACAAUUUGAGGGAGGUCGUUCUCACUGUUAUGCUUUUCCGGGUAGGCCAAAGGUUGAGGCUUCAGAUGUUGUUAUCACAGGUAUUAUUCCGGUUUGUCAUCGACAAGCUACUGUAUUAUUUGAUCCAGGCUCUACUUAUUUUUAUGUGUCCACAUAUUUUGCUCCUAGUCUAGAUAUAUUAUGUGAGUCUCUUGAUUUGUCGAUACGUGUUUCUACUCCUGUCGCGGAUUCUGUAGUUGUAGAUCGGGUGUAUCGAUUAUGUACUAUUACCUUGAUGGGGUAUGACACUCAUGCAGAUUUAAAGGUCUUAGAUAUGAUAGAUUUUGAUGUGAUUCUCGGUAUGGAUUGGUUAUCUUCUUACCACGCAAUUUUAAAUUGCCAUGCCAAGGCAAUCACUUUAGCUAUGCCUGGAAUUCCUAUAGUAGAGUGGAGAGGUUCUCUUAGUCACCCUCCUAAGGGUGUGAUAUCAUUUCUUAAGGCUCAUCAGUUGGUACAGAGAGGAUGUUUGGCUUACUUGGCACACAUUCGAGAUACUAGUAUUGAGACUCCUAUGCUUGAGUCUAUUCCAGUAGUGAGUGAAUCUUCAGAGGUAUUCCCAAUCAAUUUUCCAGGUCUUCCACCAAAUCAUGAUAUUGAUAUUUGUAUUGAUAUGGAGCCAGGCACUCAACCUAUUUUCAUUCCUCCUUAUCGUAUGGCACCGGCUGAAUUGAAAGAGUUGAAGCACCAGUUGCAAGAUUUGUUGAGCAAGGGUUUUAUUAGACCGAGUUUGCAAGGUGCUUCAGUUUUCUCCAAGAUUCAUUUGAGAUCUGGCUAUCACCAGCUGAAGGUUAGGGUGGAGGAUAUCCCUAAGAUAUCUUUUCGAACACGUUAUGGCCAUUACGAGUUUUUGGUGAUAUCUUUUGGAUUGACUAAUGCCCCUGCAGCUUUUAUGGACUUGAUGAAUGGAGUUUUCAGACCGUAUUUGGAUUCCUUUGUUAUUGUCUUCAUAGACGAUAUAUUGAUAUACUCACGCACUAAGGAGGAACAUGAAUAUCAUUUGAGGAUCGUUCUUGGGAUUCUAAAGGAGAAGAAGCUUUAUGCAAAGUUUUCAAAGUGUUAUUAUCAACGAUUUGUUGAGGGUUUCUCAUCCAUUUCAUCUCCAUUAACUAGAUUGACACAAAAGGAGGUGAUUUUUCAAUUGUCUGACGAAUGUGAGGUUAGUUUCCAAAAGCUCAAGACUUUAUUAACUACUGCUCCAAUUUUGACCCUACCCGUGGAGGGAGAGGGUUUUGUUGUUUAUUGUGAUACUUCUCGGAUUGGUCUUGGUUGUAUAUUAAUGCAGAAGGGAAAAGUGAUAGAUUAUGCUUCGAGACAGUUGAAGGUUCAUGAGAAGAACUAUCCUAUUCAUGAUUUAAAGUUGGCGACUGUUGUGUUUGCAUUGAAAAUUUGGAGGCAUUAUCUUUAUGGUGUGCAUUGUGAGGUGUUCACAGAUCAUCGUAGCCUCCAAUAUAUAUUCAAUCAGAGGGAUCUGAAUUUGAGGCAGCGGAGAUGGUUGGAGUUGCUCAAGGACUACGACAUGACUAUUCUUUAUCAUCCAGGCAAUGCAAAUGUUGUAGUAGAUGCCUUGAGUCGAAAGGGGGUAAGUAUGGGUAGUCUAGCCAUGUUACAGGUUGACAAGAGUCCUUUAGCUAGGGAUGCCCAAUCCUUGGCCAAUAGCAUUGUGAGACUUAAUAUUUUAGAACCAGGUAAGGUGUUGGCUUAUAUGGAGGCUAGGUCAUCCUUAUUGGAACAGAUUCGGGCUCAACAGUUUGAUGAUGGUGAUUUAUGUAAGAUUAGAGACAAGGUGUUAAAAGGAGAAGCCAAGGCUGCAAUUCUUGAUAGUGAGGGAGUUUUGAGGAUUAAAGGUCGUAUCUGUGUUCCUCGGACAGGUGAUUUGAGUAGAUUGAUCAUGGAGGAGCAAGUGAAGUAUGAACACCAAAAGCCUGGAGUACCUGAGUGGAAGUGGGAGCGCAUUGCUAUGGACUUUGUGGUAGGGUUGUCACGUACCUUGGGUAAGUUUGAUGCUAUAUGGAUCAUCGUGGAUCGACUAACUAAGUCUGCACACUUUGUACCAGUUCAGACUACCUAUAACUCAGAGAAGUUAGCCAAGAUCUAUAUUCGAGAGAUAGUUCGUUUGCAUGGGGUUCCUAUAUCUAUUAUUUUAGAUCGUGGAACCCAAUUUUCAUCUCAUUUCUUGCGUUCUAUGCAGAAGGAGUUGGGCACUCGAGUGGAUCUUAGUACAGCCUUUCACCCUCAGACUGAUGGUCAGUCUGAGUGGACUAUUCAGGUUCUUGUGGACAUGUUGCGGACAUGUGUAAUUGACUUUGGUGGUCACUGGGAUCAGUUUUGCCAUUAG